UCCAUGGCCAUGCUUUAUGGUUAAUGGUUAAUACCCAUUUCUUUGAUAUCCGAUUAUCAAUAAUUCAGAUAUUUACAACGUAUGCCGCAAAAACUAAUAUAUUUUUUAGAUGAGCAAACUUUGGGCAUAAAUCUGGUUUUCCAAUUUACACAUAACUGUUAUAAAGUCGUCCGAAAGAAAAUGUAGGAAGCAUAUUUACAACUAUUUCUUUCAAUAAUUUAAAAUUAUUUGGAAGAGUAAUUCUUUGAAUGAAUAUAAUGCAUCUCAUAUGUAUUACAGAAGAUGACAUUGUGGUAUAAUGCGAAAUAAAACAGUAUUUUUAGUAUUCAUUUUACUGAUAUCUUCAGCUACCAUAACGUAUUUAUUAUUAUUCCACGAAUCUGAACAUGUGAAAGGUGAUAAGAUUAGUUUUCACUUACAAAUAAAAAAACUUGAAAAGGAAGUUCAGCAACUACUACAGUAUAAUAAAAAUAUUUUAUUGUCACUGAAGAAUCAUACAAAUUAUGAAACAGUAAUUUCUAAAAUUAAUAAGUUGGACGAAGGUGUUCAUAACACAAAACCUUUCUGGAAAUUAAAAGAAACUUUUUUAACAAAAAAAAUGAGUGAAAGAGAUAUAAAGAAGACAAUUCAGGAUCACUAUCGAACCAGAAAUCCACAGGAAACAGAAGUAGAAACAAGCCCAGUCAGUCAAUCACCGAUUAUAGCUAUCUUAGUUAUUUCUUGUAAUCGAGUAACUGUCAAAAGAUGUCUUGAUCGACUUCUGAAGUUCCGUCCCAAUGAUCAACAAUUUCCUAUUAUAGUUUCUCAAGAUUGUGGACACUAUCAAACUAGCAACGUUAUCAAAAGCUAUGGAAAGAAAAUAGUUCAUAUUCAGUUACCAGAUCAGACUGAUAUUGAAGUUCCAAUAAAGGAAAAAAAAUUUAAAGGAUAUUUCAAAAUAGCUCGACAUUAUGGAUGGGCAUUGAAUGAAACGUUUAAACAAGGAUUUCAAGCAGUUGUUGUCGUUGAAGAUGAUUUAGAUAUUGCUCCAGAUUUUUUUGAAUAUUUUCUUGGAACAUAUCCUAUUCUUAAAGCAGACCCUACAUUAUGGUGUGUAUCAGCUUGGAAUGACAAUGGCAAAUCUGAAUUGAUUGAUUCUGAAAGUACUCACUUGUUAUAUAGAAGUGAUUUUUUUCCGGGAUUAGGAUGGAUGCUUACUAAGAAACUUUGGAUAGAACUUUCUUCUAAAUGGCCUCAGUCGUAUUGGGAUGAUUGGAUACGUCAACCAGAGCAAAGAAAAAAUCGGGCUUGCAUCAGACCAGAAAUAUCACGUACACGUACAUUUGGAAAACUCGGUGUGAGCAACGGUUUGUUUUUCGAGAAACAUUUACAAUACAUUAAACUUAAUGAACAGUUUAUACCCUUCAGCAAGUUAAAUUUAACGUUUUUAAUAAAAGAAUAUUAUGACGUUUCAUUCGUGAAUAAAGUAUACAAAUCGGAAGUUGUAAGUUAUACAGAUUUGAUAAAUGAAAAAGUUGGGUUCGAUGAAUCUGUAAGGAUUUCUUACUAUACUCGUCAAUCUUAUAAAAAUACUGCCCGACUAUUUGGUUUAAUGGAUGACUUUAAAAGUGGAGUUCCAAGAACUGGAUAUCGAGGAAUAGUUACUUUUUAUUACAAAAAACGAAGAGUAUAUUUGGCUCCGAAUAAGAACUGGUCUGGAUACGAUAUAUCUUGGAGUUAAACUAUUUAAUUUAUAAAAUCCUUGGCGCUGGUCGCAUCACAGAUAAGAAAGAAUUUAUGAACCUUUGAAUUUCUUAAUAAAUAUUCAAUAAAAAUUUUAUUUAUCGUCAAAUGAUUCUUUGGUAGAUAUUUUUAAGCUACUUUGCGGAUUUUAUCCUCCAUGAUUUAUGUAUUAAAAUUUUUUAAUUUUUGCUAAAAUGUAUACAACUCAAAUAAAUAUACUUCGAAAUUGAAUUAAAUGAGU